AUGCAGGAUCUUGUUGAAAGCUUUACGCUGGCGCCAGAUGACCCUGCAGCUACAAAAGAAAGCGAAGCUUCAGACAUAGGAGGUACAUCAUCCAUAGAGUACGACUUGAUUCAGCUGGGCUGUGCGGAUAUUGUCACAGAGCAGAGAGACCCUGCGGAUGAAAUUGAUCCAACCGCCGAAAUUCCCGAAGCUCGAGUUACGCCCUGUAAAGACGAACGUUCGGGACAUAGGAGUGUCAGCAAAACCGAAGGAGUCUCACGCCCCAAGCAGUCGAAAUACACCACAAGAGUUCUCAUUUAUGGCCUCCAAGUUCUUCCAGCACAUCGCCUCGGAGCCUUUGCCACGAGACGGGUGCAGGAGACCCACAACAUUGCAGACCUAUUCCUGGGGUUUCUGUCAAUGUCUGUCGUUACUGUGUUGGUCCUGAUAUCCCUCGGACAUCUGGAAGCGUCCAGAUCAGUGACACUCCGGGGGUACCGUACACAUGGAAGAUACGAACCGCUCAUGAGUUUUAUCAGACUCUUGGAAACUAUUCGUUGUCUUCACCUGUUUUACUUUGAUGGUGCCAUGGGUGAGGCUUCUUUUUAG